CGUUUAUGAAAGAAAGACGAUAUCCACAUUAUGGAUACUGUCCCUGGCACUAUUGACUGCUGUUUGUUCGUGUUCAGCCACUUGUGAUUGAUUCUCUUAGUUGGAGUCCGCCUGGUUGUUUGCCGCCGAUUACUCUGGAUAGCAUGGCUGGCUGACGCCGCUAUUUUUCUUUUUUCAUCUAUUCUUAUCCUCUCUGUUCUGGCUAUAUAUUCUCAGAUCUUAUCAUCUUGAGAUUUUGUCGGUGUUAUUACUGUCAGAUUAUCUUGGAUUGGUCUCUAGCUGCUAUCGUCUUACUACAUACCCAAGCCUUGUGCAACAACCUGGUUAAAUCUGGUUAGGCAUCAAGAGCUGUUAACAAGGCUGCUGGAAGUCUUUUACCAGAAUAAUGAUAGACCACGUUCUAGGAAGACCGUCGACCAAAUUUCGCAAAAUCCAGGUCUUUGCGGUGGUGGCAUUUUGGUCUCUUUAUCUCUUCAGAGGAAGCAAGCAUGGCCCUCCAGUCCUUCGCAACCUCUCCUCCCAUCUUUCUAAGAAAGUAACCGUCUGGCAAACCACAGUUGCCAUAUUCCUAUGGCUCUACAUCAGCCGGAACUUUGCAAAGAUUGUCGGCUUGGAAUGUCCUGAGCCACUGGCGAAUCUUUACUCUCGUUCGUUCUUCCGGGCAACAUGGAUCACCACAGCGCUGGAUGCGGGGUUUUGGACCGCAAUGAAAAUCAAACCAAAGUGGAUUCGAGAUAUUGCCUCGCUUAUGUUUACGGUCUACUAUCUUUUUGCCGCGGAGCAGGCUGAUGAAAAGGUUCGUCGGGUUCGAGCAACAUUAACAGUCGAACAUCUGCGAGUUUCGUGGAAUAAAGGAACGACGCCGUAUCUCUGGAUCCUGGCAGGUCUCGCACGGCCACGUCUUACUCGCUACUCUCCCCGAGCAAUCCGAAUUAAACGUCCCAGGCAGUCGGUGUAUGAUGAGCCCACUAAUGCAUGGCUCUACUUUGACGGCCCUCUGAGUGCGCUGCGGGAACAGACCUGCAUCGUCCUGGAUAUUCCGGGAGGAGGAUAUGUGGCGAUGAACCCCAGAAGUGCAGAGGACCGACUUCUUUCCUGGGCAGGGAAGACCAAAGUGCCGAUUCUGAGUCUCGAUUAUAAGAAGGCGCCCGAGUUUCCGUAUCCGUAUGCGUUGAACGAGUGCUACGAUGUCUACUAUACCAUUGUCACUACCCGUGGUCGCUGUCUGGGGUUGAGUGGAAAGACACGGCCGAAGAUUGUCGUAACCGGGGACAGCGCGGGGGCGAAUCUUGCCACUGGGAUGGUUUUGAUGGCUCUGCAGUCUGGUAGCACGGAUGCACCACGGUGGCAAGGCGAGAUUGUGAUCCCACCACCCGAUGGUCUGGUUCUGGCGUAUCCGUCGUUGAACAUGCGUGUUGAAAGCUGGAUGACAGAGGAGCAGAUGUCGUUGAUUCAGGAGAAGAGUACACGCCAGAGAAACAAGAACGUCCUCCGAAGAAAGAACCAGGAAUAUCACAAACUAACUCCAUUUGCCUCCCCGGCCCCCUCAGAGGAGUACUUUGGCGAUCUGGCGUAUGGACAGGAUCUGGAAGCUGGCAAUGUAGCGGAGGAAGCAUCAAAGGCCCUUGCAAAGGAUCUGCAACAACCAGAGAACCUCGCGACCCAGACAGCUACUCUUGCAGAACAUCAACCGAAACAGAUCCGAACCCGGUUGGCAGUCUCUUCGAUGAUCUCAUAUGUUCACGAUCGAAUCCUCACGCCCGAGAUGAUGAGAGCAAUGAUCAUCCUUUACAUCGGACCUCACAACCGUCCCGAUUUCAGCACCGACUUUCUACUCUCUCCCAUCCUAGCACCUGAAGCUUUACUAGCCCGAUUCCCCAAGACGUACUUCAUCACCGGCGAACGCGACCCACUAGUCGAUGACACGGUCAUCUUCGCAGGCAGAAUCCGACAAGCAAAACUGCACCAGUUCCGGGAGCGACAAGAACUAGGUCUGGAGAAGUCGCAGCGGAUGUUCGAUGAAAAGGAACAUGUGGAAGUAUCUUUACUUCCCGGUCUCUCUCACGGGUUUAUGCAGAUGGCCAACUUCUUCCCGGACAGCUGGAAACAUAUCAAUAAAUGCGCAGUGUGGAUUCGGGAUCUCUUCGAAGUAGCAGAAGCAAAGAGGUCGUCUUCCUCAGCGAGUCUCAUGCAAUCAUUCUACAAUACCCCCAACGUCUACCCCCAGACAGAUGUCAACAACAACAACGACAAUGAAAACAAUAAACCACGCAACCACAAACGCACCCUCACAGGCGAGUCCUCUGCAGACGAAGAUAAACCCCUCGAAAUGACCCACUCCCCAACAGAGGACAUCGAUAUCAAACCCAAAUCCCCUACCAGCACCAACCAAGCAACCCCCACCGGACCAAACCCUCCCAACCCACCCCCUUCAUCCCAGCGCACCAAACGCCCAUCCAGAGGCAGAGCACCCAACACACUCAGCCGCCGCGACCGAAUCACCCCAUUGAAAAUCUCCCUCCCCCCAAAUGACUACUUCACAAACACACCCGGAUCCGGGCCCGGGCCCGAGAGCCCCUUUCCCGUACGUAAAAGGGAGAGAAGCCUACACAGUCUUCCGAGCGAGGAGGAUCUACUCGAUCGCAGGAUGAAUGGGCUUGCGGGUGGUCUAAUGGGGAUUGGAGAGGGGGCGCAAACGCCGUGAUUUUUAUGAUUGUAUGAGAUGGACUUACUUUACUUUACCCUUAUGAUAAACGGAAUGGUGUUCUUAGUUUAUGUUAUUUCGAUGAUAGAUAGAAUGAAUGAAUAAAUAUGAAUGAUGAGAAGAGAAGAGAAGCUUGUGAUACUGAUUUUGGUUGCAUGUGAUUAUUGUCUUGUUAUCAGAUUGCAUGUGAUGUGGAUCGCGUCAUACGGCGUUGGAUACACUUACAUACAGCCUUGAUAGAACCAAUUUAUACAUAGAG